AUGGUGGUGGCUCAUUGGUUACCACAUCAGCCUGGCAGCACUGAGGUCUCCGGUCUGAAUCCAGGACAUUAUCUGCAUGGAGUUUGCAUGUUCUCCAUGUGGUUGUGUGCAUUUUCCUCCGGGUACCCUGAUUUCCUCCAGUACUCCAAAGACUUGCCGUUUUUUACAUUUUUUCCAAAACAAAUGUACACAGAAGAUAAUAACAGAGUAUCAGUAUCAAAGCAAGGUGAAAAAGGUCUUUGCUGUUUCACUGGAGUGCUGGCACAGACAGAGAUUCGAAGUGUAUCUGAGGAAAACGUGACCCUGCCGUGUCAACACAGAUUGGGAUUGGUGGGGAAAAACUUGGACAUUGAGUGGCUGUCGAAUGCUUCGGACCACAGCCAAAAAGUGAUCCUCAGUUACAGUGGAGGACAAGUCUACGAGAAUGAAGAACUGAAGGGCCGUUACAGCUUUAUUUCCAACUACUUAGCUGGAGAUGCUGCCAUAUUUAUCAGAUCCCUGGAGCCUAGUGAUGCCGGACUGUACACCUGCAAAGUAAAAAAUGCUGGCCAGUAUGAAUGGAGCUAUAUCAGACUGAGGAUUCUAGUGAAACCUUCAGAGCCUGACUGUUGGGUUGAAGGGGAACAGAUCGUAGGAAGAAAUAUCACUUUGCAUUGCAAUGCAUCGCUUGGGACCCCACCCAUGGCCUAUGGGUGGAAACGGAUAAAGCAAAAGGGUGAUAUUGAAGUGGCCUUACCAAGUAGUGCCCGCUUUGAUUCGGCCCAGCGACUAGUGCUGAAAAAUCUGAGUGUAGCAGACAAUGGCUCUUACCGUUGUGCUGUGAGCAAUGAAGUCGGAAGACGGAUAUGUAAUAUAAAUUUGACAGUACAAUCUCCUACUAAUGUGGCUUUUCUGGCCGGAACCGUUUGUGGAACUGUGGGUGGUGUGUUUGUCCUGUUUUUUAUCUGCUGGAUGGUUUUACGGAAGAAAGAGCUCAAGAAAAGGGAAGAAGACGAAUUUCUUAAUGAAAUUAGGGAGGAUGCUGAAGCCCCUAAAGCUCGGCUGAUGAAACCUGAAUCAAGCACCUCAGGCUCCAGAAGCUCACGCUCAGGUUCUUCAUCCACUCGUUCCACAACCAACAGUGCCUCUCGUAGCCAACGAACUCUCUCAACACAGGAAACUCCUCGCAGAGAGUUAAGACAUCACUGCCUGGAGCAGAUAUAGCAAGAAAGGCGCAGCAGACAUAAAAUGAGACAUGGAAUCUUUAAAAGAAUGUAUUUGUCAGAUGACACAAGAAAAUGAACAGCGGGCCACCUGUAAGGCUAAGGACUACAAGGAUGUCUGGGUUACAUGUACAUCUUUUAGGCCACAUCUUUGUUUUAUUUGAUUUACUGCAUCACCAGUAGAGAAUUUGCACCUUUUUUUCAGAAAACAGAAU